GCCGGCUUCGGGGGAUCUUUGCCGAUCCAGUUUGCACUUCACCUCGUCCGCAGACAGUCCAGCCAUGUCGGGGAAGGCCUUUGUCCAAGACGCGCUCGCCAAGAACGGCGUCACGGUCUUCAGCAAGACGUACUGCCCCUACUGCACCAAGGCCAAGAACGUCCUCACGUCGGUCGGCGUCCCGUAUGUCGUGUACGACCUCGACAACCUCGCCAACGGUGACGAGAUCAUGGACGCGCUCAUUGAGCUCACAGGUCGCGAUACCGUCCCGAACGUCUUUGUCAAGGCGACGACGAUUGGCGGCGGCGAUGAUGUGACGCAGUUGCACCGCGAAGGCAAGCUCGUGCCUCUCUUGCAGAAGGAAGGUCUCCUGCAGUAAGCGUCUCGCAGUACAAUGUAGUGCGUCGAUCAACAGGCCCGCAUGCGUGGCCUGCGAGAACCAGCUACAUACCAUUGAACCAAUGUUCUAUCUUGUGUGUGGCAUCAUUCCCUUGGUGGC